UUGAAACAGUUUGAAAACUUUGACUUUACGCUCUUUUAGUCAUUUAUAUAGUUGGAAGACGUUGUCUGAGGCAAUAUCUCAGAGGUAAACGAGCACACAGAGGUAUCAGUCCCGCAGGAUGGCUGACCCAGGGAGCCCCGAUCCUGGCCGUUCAUCUUCCAGCAUGUCCAAGCAGUCUGUCUCAAGGAAAGGUCACUCCAAGAGCAAACGCAUAUCCUCCACACCGGUCCCCAGUGACGUCCCUUUAGAAGUGCCAGAGGUUGCAGUUGAGAAAGAGAAGCCUGUCUCAGAGGUGGAUGUUUCAGCAGAAGUAGAAGAUUCCUACACGAAACGGCUGAGAGAAGCAUUUAAACAGCAUUUAGCAUUGAGUGGAAUAUCAAAGGAGUCAUGGACAGAGGAAAGUGAGCGAGCCUUGGAUAAAUUCAUCUCAGACACUUCUGUCAGGCUUCUCAUUGUCUACCAUGACCCUUUCACCGGCCUACGCGUGGACUACGCCAUGCCAGCUCAGGUGGUGGAGCAGAUGUCCUUCUUGAUCCGGGCGGAGGACAGUAUAAUCACAGAGGAGAGUUUUAGGAGCUCGGUGCAGUUUGGUUCUGUGAGGGGAGGGGCCAUAGAGGGUCUCCUCAGGCUGAUGAAUGGCAUUCACACACCUCAGGUCACCCUUAGCACUGCCUGGCCAGAGACCGCCAAGAACAACUACUCUGUAGAAUUGCACCGCUUCAUUACUAAACUUACAGACAGCAGAUUUAAACAUCUAGGCAGCACAGUGCUCUACGUCCCUCUGGAGGCUCUGCAGCACCGCCCAGAGGAGGCCGUCGUGAACAAGAGUCUGGUGCAAAGGCUGGAGAUGGUGAUGAUCCACUGGACACGUCAGAUAAAAGCAGUGCUCAGCGCUCAAUCCGUGAGUGACAUGGGAGACACCUCAGGCCCGCUGGAGGAGAUCUCUUUCUGGAAGAGUCGCUGUGCUGAUCUGGACAGCAUUAGUAAGCAGCUGCAGAAACCUGGAGUCCUGUCAUAUACAGGCCAUUCUUCAGCUCUACACAUCAAACUACAUCCCACCCUUCUGUGAACUAGCCAAGCAGAUCCAGGACAGCACUUUGCAGGCUCAGUCUAACGUCUCCUUCCUGUCCUUACUGAAAGAGCCUUGUGAGGAGCUUGCUCAGCUUAAACCUCGCGAGAUUGUACCCAAACUCGCUCACAUCCUCAACCUCUAUUCGUGUGAUAUGGGUCAACUCCAGCUACUACAACACCCGUGACAAGAU